CGCGCACAUGGCAUUCCGUUGUAGACGACUCACCAAUACCGACGUACAAUAAAAACUUUUUACUUAACCUCAAAAUAUUCAACACGUCGUUCUGUUUUGAUUUCGUAUUUUCGAACGCAUCCUUUAACUGUCAAACUAUUUAGGCGCGCUCGCGAUUUGUUUUCUCUAAUUCUAUUACCACUAGAUGCGUUUUACUGCCACGUGUUAAGCGUUUUAACUUUCGAAAUCUAAUACAAGAUGUUAAAUGGUAUCCAUAGAAUACAAUACUUUCUGUACUUCGCUAUAAAGUAAUUGGUGUCGGUGCGAAGUGCUAGUGUGACGGGCAGCCAAGUAUUGUUUCAUCAUCAUCCGAGAACUCCAGCCAGCAUCUUUUCAUAUUUCCGAUAUUUAAUUCCACACAGAAUCUCUGCCAUGCACCCGUUAGUUCAGCUACUCGCCGCCGCGGCGCUGCUGUCGCAAGUCUCCGCCGCCAUUACGAAUAGGAAAAUUAAAGACAUCCCCGUCAACUUGGAUGUCGACAACAGUAUUGACGCUAAUGCCGUCCCAACAAAGCGUCUCGGCGUGAAGCGCUUCGUCCGCAUCACUACGCGGCCGCCCCCCGCGCUCAACCUCACCGGCGCCUCCCUCGAGCUCACCUGCGAGGCGAUGGGGUCGCCCGCUCCUAGUAUACAGUGGCUGCGGGACCACGUGCCUGUUGCUGAGUACGACCACCAAUCCAACGAGCUGUUCCCCUCCUCCAGCAGCGUCGGGCGAGCUGUCUCCACACUCAUAGUGAAGCCGACGGACCAGCUCGUGCGCACCUACACCUGCUCCGCUAGCGCCGGCCAGCACUCGGCCAGGGCCGCCACCCGAGUGUACACCCACGAGCCAAACUCCGACCUCUCCGAACGCUACAAACUCCUGCCCUUCGAGCCCAAGAUCGUGUCCUCCUACAAAGCCUACUUGGACAACAUCGGCAAGAUGGCCGUCCUCCCGUGCCGGGUGAAGGGACAUCCCCGGCCGCGGGUGGUGUGGAGGGAUAACAAUGGGGAAGUGGUGCGGAAGAAGAACGCUAGGAUGAGGGUAUUCCGUUCCGGCGAGCUGCAGAUCUCGCGGCUGGCGUGGGCGGACAUGGGCGACUUCACGUGCACGGCCACCAACCACUUCGGCACCGCCACGGCCAAGACUUUCGUCUAUCCUGUUGCUGGAUAAACGCAGAAGUUAACUUAGCUAGCUGAAAUCAAGUGGUCGAUAAAACUUAAAUAAAAUUGUUCCUGUUUUUAGUAGUUCUAUUAUCAUUAUUAACUAUUUUAUUAAUUUGUGUUUUAAAAAUAAUUAUUCCUUUUUAAAAUGUAACUUAUUAGAUUCUGCCUAUUUUAAUGAUAAAAUGUAAUUAAUGAAUACCUACGUGUAUUAUUAUUUUAAUUGUAUUUUUUAAAACACUUUUUGUGAUCGAAUUUAUGAAAUAAUAUUAUAAGAAACUGUGAUUUCAAGUACACAUUGACGAUGAAUAAUAACAGUAUCAAGGAAA